CUUUUUCCUGACAGGCUUGACACGUUCCCGCAACAAUCCGCGUUCUCCAACAUUCACAUGUGACAUGCCUUCAAAUCUCGAACUGCGUCCAGCAUUGCCUUGCACUACUCGUCUGUUAUGUAGCUGGCCUAUAGCUGAUGGCAGGUUCCAGGUGAGCCGGUGAGGCGCUAGGUGAGGCUCGUGCGAAACUAUGCGCUCGUAUCCAUAGCGUGGCAUUGCGGAUGGGCAAGGGUUUGUGCCAUGUGCACCCGCUGUGCCAUUGCGACGCUUGGAGCUCAGUGCCCAAACAUUCAUAUUCAUGACACACACCAUGCAAUACAGUGUUGGGCCGCAGCUGAGCAAUGAGCGCUUUGUUACCAGGUUGCCGAAUGGCGCGCUUGGGAAGGACGGUAUCUUUUCUAUUCCUGCUAGCCAUUGUGCUGAUAGGAUCAUCAUGCGUCAAUGGAUUUGAAUGGCGGAGCAUUUUUGGUGGUGGUUUCGUCGGUCGCGGAGUCGUAGCAGCGUUGCAGGAGUCCACGCAACAGCGCGGCCGUGGGCACAUCAGCACUCACAGUGCGCGGGGCGCAAGCCAGUCCGCAGCUCUAUCGGUUGCUGAGGACCACAACCAGCUAGUUGAGCAGCGGCAGCAGCAACUGCAGCAGCAGGAGCAGCAGCAGGAGGCAGAGGAGCAGGAGCAGCGGCGGGCGACGGCGGCGGCAGUGGCGGCGGCGGCGGCAGGCAGCGCCCGGUCCUGGUCACACCUUGAUGCGCUGUCCCGCGGCGGCUGCGGCGACAGCGCCUGCAGCAGCUCGCCGUACACAAUGUACGUCAGCAGUGUACUGCCGGCGGCGGCAGUGGCGGUACGGCAAUACGGCAGUAGCGGCAGCCGCGGCGGCGCCGGUGACCGUGCCGGCUCGGGCGGUUUCGGUUUCGCCUACAGCGGCGGCGCCGGGCGCGGCUUCAGCGUCAGCGGCACUGGCAGUAGCGGGGGCGGCAGUAGCGGGGGUGAUGGCGGCGAGCCUGAGGGCCCCAUGGUGACGUGCCUGUCUCUGGCUGGGCUGGGCUGCUUCGCGCCCGCCUCCCAGACCCCCUGCUGCUCGGCCCUGGCGCGGCAGCUGCGGCAGCUGGAGUUUGCAAUUGACCCCGCCUGUGCGGCCUCGGUGGGCGGCGUGACGCUCAACGGCCGCAGCCUGGACGCCUUCGUGUCCGUCAUCAACUCCACCUCGCCCUCCUCCUCAUCUUCAUCAUCAUCUUCCGCCUCGCCCUCCUCCUCCUCCUCCUCCUCUUCCUCCUACUCCACCUCCUCCUCCUCCCCCUUCUCCACCACCUCCUCCUCCUCCUCCUCCUCCUCUUGGCUAACAACGGCAUCGACAGCGACCGCCCGGCAUCACCACAACUAUUGGGACACCGGCCCGCACCCAGGCCCCGACGACUCAAGCCCCGACGACCCAAGCCCCGGCGACCCAAGCCCCGAGCCGUCCACCCCCACGCCCACCCCCACGCCCGACCCCUCCGCCCGCCUGCGCAUCGGCGGCCUGAGGCUCGACUACUGGUCUGUCAUGGGCACCCGCCUGUGCAUCACGCUACUGCCGCCCUGCAACAGCCUGGUGGCGCUGUGCGGCAGUAGCACAGCCGCCGGCAGUAGCUACUGCGCUGUGUCGUACGAAGAGAAGGUACGGGACGGCGCCAAGUGCUGCGCCACGUGUCAGGUGCCCGUGGGCGGCGGCGGCAGUAGCGGCGGCGGCGGCGGAGACGAUGGCGGCGGCGGUGGAGGCGGCGGCGGCGGCGGAGGGGGCGGAGGUGGUGGUGGUGGAGGCGGUGGCGGAGGUGGUGGUGGUGGAGGUGGAGGCGGCGGCGGAGGGGGAGGUGGCGGCGGCGGCGGUUCUCCCUCGGCGACGUCUACGGCGUGGCUGGCGUCAACGGCUUGGCGGCUGCGCGGUGCCGCCGGCGGCAGUGCUGCUGCUACUGCCACUGCCACUGAUGCUGGUGCUGAUGCUACAACCACAUCGCCGCUGCUGUCAGCAGCGGCUGCAGCGCUACUGCGGGCCCUCCCGGGCGGCGGCAGGCGCCAGGGCUACGGCGGCGGCGGCGGUGGGCUGGAGGUGCAGCUGUCGGGCGGCGGCGUCAGCCGGUCCGCCACCGGCAGUAGCAGCGGCAGCAGCAGCGGCAGUAGCAGCGCCAGCAGCAGCGGUAGCGGCAGUAGCAGUGGCCUGUCCCUGUCUUCUGACCCGACGGAGGAGCCUCAGCUACAGCGGCAGCCUGGCGGCGGCGGAAGCAGUAGCAGCAGUAGCAGUAGCAGUGGCACAGGAGGCAAGAGCGGGACGGCGGCUGCGGUGGCUGGCAGGACCGGCGGCGGCGGCGCGACGGUUAAGUCGCACACGGUACGGCAGCGGCUGUACCACCCCGACGGGUUGGUAGCGGAGGUGGAGGAGGAGGUGAUGGAAGUGUCGGGUGGCGGCGGCAGUAGCAGCAGCACGGAUGGCAGUAGCAGCACGGGCGGUGGCUCGGACGGCAGUAGCAGCAAUGCCGAUGGUGACGGUGCAGGGCUUGGCGGGGGUGAGGCGGCAGCCAGCGGCGGCGGCGGCGGCGGCGGCGGCGGCAUGACCAUCACGCGUGCCGCCGGCGGCGCCAGUCGUGUAGAGCUGAGGUGGCGGCGGCAGCGGUGAGCUUCACACUCAGCAGAAGCAAAGCUAGCAGCAUUAUUGCUAUGCAAGGUAGAUUGCAUUGGUUACAAGAGGGACUUGCUGACGCGAGUCGCGAGCGACAUCUGCUCUGGACCUCAGGGACGUGCCACCUGCAACGCCGACGACCUACUCUAGUAGUAGGCUUGGCAAGGCGAGGUAGGCAAGGCGUGUGUUGAGGAACUCCGCGUUUUGUUGAGGUACUGGUUCCCACAUUAUUAUAACUGUGUGCUUUCGUUGGGCAGAUACUUGAUAUUUGGAUGGCUGGGCCGUGAGGCGGCGAAGGCGUUGUUGCUUGUGGUCCUUGCACGUUCGGUGCUUCGCCUGCUGCCGAAUCAAGUCAUGCCGCUAUCAGGCCUGCAAGUCCGCACGGCGUUGAAAAAGCGACUUGUGUGGAGUUGGGGUUGUAGGGUGGCGGCGGCUUUAAGCGCCUGUGCAAGUGGGGGGGCGCCCCAAGCGUGCCUGCACGCAGAGCCCAACAUCUGCACUCGUGUGAGCUGUAGACUAGCGAAUGACGAGGUUUGCUGUAAGCCUGCAGUGCCGGGUAAGCUACCUU